GGAGCUGCUAUUGAUACAAUUAAAAUUGGAGUGGGUAGGAGCAAAACAUUGCAGCACCUAAAAAUUGGAUUCAAUCCAAUGGAAGCAGACAAUGCCAUGAAUAUUUUAAAGGCUUGUCAAAUGUCUGGAUGUUUGGAAAUCCUUGAUCUUGAUGGAAUACGUGUAUCUACAGACUUUAUGAAAGUUAAAAAGCAAUUGGAAAAUUCAAGAGAGAUCAGUAUUAUUGUUGAGGGUCCACUAAGUGACUAUGAAAUAAAAGGACCAAAUUUGGCCGAAAUGAUGCUUAAGAGAGCUCGCUUUGAAGGUUUCAAACCCAAAAAGAAGAGAAGAAAAAAGGACUUUGGGCAUUUACUUUUAGAGUUUGCUGAAAACGGGGUAGAAUCUAUUCUCCCUGAACAAUUUACAGAGUUAGCUUUAAAAAAGAAAAAAAUCAAAGUGAGAGAGGAACUUCUACGUGCUCUGUAUGAACAAUUCCAACUGAAGAAAUCCAGGGUAGAUGUUGGUGCAAUGCUAGAUUGCUACAUGCACUUGUUCCCAGAUACAGUAUUACCUCCACUUGUUCCAAAAAAGAAAAAGAAGAAAGGAAGAAAGAAAAAGAAAGGCAAGAAAUCAAAACUAAAAUUUUAA